UCUGCUACUAACGCCAGUUGCUUGAAUUAAGUCGAUCGAGGCGAGCGCGUUACGCGGAUAACACAGAAUUUGUGUAAAUAAACACUGGACUAGAUUAUUUAAAUACACGAAAGAAGAAAUUGGAACAAGUGAUGUAUUUAUUCGCCACCGCAUUUGGCGGGUUUGCCGCUUUCUUGUUAUUCCUUGUGCUCAUCAUUGUAUUGCUGCGCUUGAAGUCACAGCUGAUCUUUGGCAUCUACCCUGCGAAGGGACUCUUCUAUCAACUCAAGUACAUCAUCGCCUUGUUGCUGGUGAAGCGCCUGCGUCAUCGCGUCUACCACAAGAAGGACGAACUCAACUCACCCGAAUUUCUUGCACAAAUGGACCGUCCACAAGCGUUGAGCGACAAUCCACAAAGCUACGAUGUUGUCUCUUUCAUGGGCGCCAACGAGCAGGGUGAGAAAGUGUUUGUAACAUUGGAGCGUCGUCGCCGUGGUGUGCUGAAGGCCUGCCUAUAUCUGUAUCUACCCGAGCAUGGCUUGUUUUGCACGCCCAAGCUGCCGGACAUGCUUUACUUCACGACAGAUGGUACACGCGAGAAUGAGGAAUUCAAAGGUUGUGGCUUCCACAUCUACCCGGAGGAGUCGAUGCGCCAAUGGCGUAUACGCUAUGAAGGUGAGCUGCGGCCGGCAUCGGACGAGCGUAAGUGCCUGCCAGUGCAGCUCAAUUUGCAGUUCACCACUCAAGCACCUUUCUUCUACUACAAUCGCGAUCUUAGCUCUGCGGUUAUUGCGGAUUCGGUAGCGCGCGAGGCUUGGAAUGACGCCUUCUACAAUCUGCUCAAAAAUGUCCCCGAAAUGGUAGAGAAGCGCAUACACUAUGAGCAAAGCGGUCAGCUGGUGGGCGAAGUGCAACUAGCUGGACGUGACUUGCCGCUGAAACUGCGCGGCUUUCGUGAUCACAGUUUCGGUACCGAACGUUGUCUAUCCAAUAUCAACCGCUAUGUCUAUGUGGCGCUUUUUCUCGCCGAUGGCACCAGCAUGGUAGUGGGUAAUCUCAGUCAGCCAUCCUUCUUUCUCUCCUCACUCAAAGUUGGUUAUGUGUGCACACCGAAGGGCAUUUACGAGCCGAUAACAGGUUGCAAUUUUGAGUUGUACACUUAUGGCGAAAAGGGUACUCCACCACGCCACAAGAAUUUCAUAGUGCAGACCGCAAAGUCGAACUACUUUGUGCAAAUUGAGGAACAGCAAUCGACGGUGCGUUAUCUGGGCGCAGAUUGGGCUUCGAAGAUCUAUAAUCAGUUUGUCGCAUGCACGGUAAAUGGCGUGAAAGGACAAGGAAUCACGGAAUAUUUGUAUAGGAAUAAGCACGGCGAGCGACCCGAAGCGGUGAGCGCAACAGAUCCGGAGUGGUUUCGGCGUGUGAAGAGCUUUGAAAGGAGUUUGAGCCAAGGCGAGUUGGAGGAUGAUGACGAAGUCUUCUUUUUUUGAAGCAAAAUGACAACAGCUGUGAGUUAAAAACCAAAAAAAGGACAGGUCUUUUUUAAAGCCGUAUAUGUGCCUUAAACGCUGCGACACUGUGCAGUGUCUACAAAAUACUUACUUAAAAAGGACUGAACAUUUUCUCUUUUAUAUGCUUGCCAAAAGAUAAAAUUAGCUAUAGUGCGCCAAAAAGUCAGUUAUAGUUGGGGUAUUCACAAGUCGUAAGUGUCGUAUUGUUGCGUGUCGUAAACGUUUUUAACGGCUGAAAAUAUAUUCAAGGCUUUCGAAAGGUACUUACCAUAAAAGUCUUAUGAAGAAUUUUUAAGCUUUUAAAAUAGUUGGUUGUGGUUUCAAGUCCUCUAAUGGUGAAAAGCUUUACUACAAAAGACAAUACGAUACUUAUGACACUUUGUGAACCACAUAAGUAUUUUAUUAAGUAAUUUUAAGUGCGAAUUGUUAUUUAUUUUAAUAAAAAUAAACGAAUGAAUAUUAA